AUCAACCCGUGUGUCAUCUUGAACCGCGGCCAUAACACAGAAAUUUUGGUUAUUCGCUUGGAUUUGAUUUAUAUUUAGAAUUGUUUUUUUACUAUACCGUAAAAACCCAGAUCUGGCAUCGUUGCUGAGAAGUAUCAACGAAUUUUAAGGUUAUGGUUUUCAAAACAAAAAUUUGAACUUUUUUAAAAAGAAGAAGAAUACUCAUAAAAUGAAUCUUCAAAGUUAUCCACAUAAGUUAUGUCGAUUAUGCCUAACUCCGUCGCCUGUGCAACGUCCUUUAGCCAAUACUGAUGAGUGUAUGAUGCUUGAAGCUUUGACUGGGAUUGAGGUUACAAAAGAAGAUACGAUUCCACAAAAAGCCUGCAUAAAAUGCCUACUGAAUCUGAAAUUAGCAUUCCAAAUUCAACAAAAAUUCCUGCACUCAUAUAAAUGGCUGACUGAGCAUUUGAGUGAGAUGGGAGAUACGAAACCUGAUAUUACAUCUACUUUGUGUAUGAGUAAAGGUAUAUCUAAAGAAGCAGAUGUUGAUAUUGCCAAUAAAAGUGAAGAUGGUCCUACUAAUGAAAAAGAUGUAUGUGAUGUUAAGGUUGAAGACGAGAGUUCAUGUGAAGCUGACCCAUCUAAGAAUGAGCAGUUAGAAAAAACUGAGGGUGUAGUAGAUUCUGCAAAUGAGGCAAUCUCAAGAGAACCCACAUCAAUGGAUACAACAGACGAGACUCAACACGCAAAUGUACCAGAGAUUGUUAUUUCUGAAAAUGCUAGAAAAGCUUCUGAUGUACCAUCUUUUUUGGACACUAUCAGUUUAGGAAAAUGUGUCAUCUGCGGCCUAAAAGAUGCAACUACCAAACAUGUUCGCGGCCAUUAUGACCUUCGGUACAAAUGCGAGUAUUGUUACGUUUUCCUGGGAAACAUCAAAGAAUAUGGAAAGCAUAUGGCCGACAACCACAAGCAAAUGGACAUGGUUUGCCCGAGUUGUGGCUUGUCAUUCAGAUAUGCGUGUCUGUACAAUCUGCAUAGGGCUAAUGCUCAUGUGAACCCAAAAAAUCGUCUCAGAAAUAGGCGAGUAACUGCUGACGAAGUGAACGACAUUGAAAAACACAAGGUUCAUGAUUGCAAAGAAUGUGGAAAAUGUUUUUUCACUGAAGCCAAAUUCCUGACUCACAUCAAGAUACACCAACGAGUCAAAUGCCCAAUUUGUGAGCGAGAGGUGGGUCGUCAGAAUUACUACACACACUACAAGAUGCACAGUGCGUCACAAUUAGUAUGUCACCUGUGUGGCGCAGUAGUCAAGAAUAUCAGUAGUUUCAGAGGCCAUUUGUACUACACUCAUUCCCAGAGAUCCUUACCCUGUGAACACUGUGGCAAGGUAUUCAAGAAAAAGUACGCCUUGACGCUGCAUACGAAAAAAGAGCAUACAGGUGAAAGAAACCAUGUUUGCGAAGUAUGCGGUAAAAGAUUUGUCACGGGACAUCGACUGAACAAACAUACCGAAAUGAAACAUUUGAAGUUACGAAAACACGUAUGUCGAUUUUGUAACAAAGCAUUGAGUAGCAAACACGCUUUGAAGACUCAUGAAAGACAACACACCAAUGAUAAUCCUUAUAAAUGUGAAGUGUGCGGGGAAGGCUUUAGACAGAAUGUUUCCUUGAGAUGGCACCGAAAGUCUAAACAUAAUAUUGUUGAAGAAAAGAAAGUGGAAUGCAAAGAAUGUGGAAAGAUGUUUGAAACUGAAUGGGCUGUGAAAAGCCACGCGAGAGUGCAUAUGUAACAAAGUGAUAUUGUGAUUCAUAUGGAUGUUAUGUUUAAUUUGUUGAUGUUGAUGUAUUUUUUGUAAAACUUGUUUCAAUAAAUGUUUGAUUUAGUAUGUGGAA